AAGCCGCACCCCUCUCGCCCCUUCCGGCAGUGGCGGGCGGUUCCGGCGCGCGCCCGGGCGGCGGUACGCCGGCGUGCGGAUUUUAGGGUGCGCGUCGGCCUAAGUGGACGCCGAGGCGGCCGCCAUGCAGCUGACGGUGAAGGCGCUCCAGGGCCGUGAGUGCAGCCUGCAGGUAUCGGAGGAUGAGCUGGUGUCCACGCUGAAACAUCUAGUCUCUGAGAAGCUGAACGUCCCGGUGCGCCAGCAGCGGCUGCUGUUCAAGGGCAAGGCACUGGCAGAUGGGAAAAGACUCUCCGAUUACAGCAUUGGGCCUAAUUCCAAGCUCAACCUAGUGGUCAAACCACUGGAGAAGGUGUUACUGGAAGAAAGUGCCGUCCAGAAACUGGCUGAGGCCUCACCCCCAUGCCCACCUGCCUGGCAGCUGAUUGCCAAAGUCUUGGCACGCCACUUCAGUGCUGCAGAUGCCAACAGAGUCCUGGAUCAACUACAGAGGGAUUAUGAGAGGUCCCUGAGCCGCCUGACCCUGGAUGACAUCGAACGUUUAGCUAGCCGCUUCCUGCACCCCGAAGUCACUGAAGCUAUGGAGAAGGGUUUCUCCAAAUAGGAUUCACAGAGUAUGGGCAUGAACCCAGCCAGGCUGCAAGCUGCAUGUAGCAUUAAAUGUGUUCUCAUGUUGCAAUUUGGCUUAUAAUAAUAAUAGCUGGUGGGUACCCAGGAACGUGUGCCCAGCUCUUGCUAGGUGCCAGGCACCACUGAAAGCACUUGACCUGAGUUUGCUCCUGCACCUCAAACAAAAGGUGAGACAGCCGAGGCUCCUUGCAGUGAGGUGGGGGAGCCAGAAUCUGAGUCCAACCAGCUUCUAGAAGUGCCUCAGGAUGAGAAAGAAAAGGGGCUGCUUGGAAGAUUUCGAGGAAUGGGCUGUAGCUUUUUGUGUAUAGGCCACUGAGAAUAAACUCUCAAGAAGUCACUUGUGACUUCAUUCCAGACCUCUGGCAGGCCCAGCACUGGUGGGGGACUAAGUGACAGCCAGCCCUGGGCCCCUGCAGCUGCUGCAGCCAGUACGCACUUGACGAAGGAAGAGCAGGUUGGGGAGUCGGGGAUGAACAUGGCCCAGCUCUACAUUGCGACCUCAGGCAAGUCCCUGUGUCGUGUUGGUCCCCAGUCAUUGACUCUGCCCAGUAAAGUCCACUCCUUAAACUUCACUCAGUUUCCUUCAUCCUUACCCCAUACCUGGGGGUGGUCUGCAACAGUCUUCCCUUCUGUAUCCCAUAAACAAACAGGCCAGAAGCUAAGCAAUGGCUAAGCAUGUCCUAGAGAUGGGGUGUCCUGGCCCUCCCUGUCACAGCUCUUACUUGGGUACCCCCUUCGCUUGUCUCCCACUGGACAUGGACAGUUCUUGCUCCUUAGGGAUGACAGGUGACUGGCUGGAGGUCACACAGCAAGACCAGCCUCAGCAGGCCCCUGCACCAUGUGCUCAUUCACAGAGUGGGAGCAGACCCUUCCCCUGCCAUGUGUGCACAAGGGCUUUCAUUUUGCAUGCCCCCCCACUGCCUAACAGGAAGCCUCAGGGUGCCAGGGAGGGGACAGAAGCAUGGUCUUGUGGCACUGGUCCUCCCACCCUGCUGGGUGUAUGGGCACUAGAGCUCAUUUAGGCACCUGCUCCUUGGAGGAAGGUGCUAAGGGCAGUUGAGGCUGGGAGGAAGCUGUGUGCACAGGAGGAUGGAUGCUCUGGCCCCACCACCCUCCCUGCCUGAGGCCCUUCUGCUGUGUCCCUAGGCUGGGAAGACAGACAGAGGCCUGCCGGGUGAGGGAUUUGAAGAGUAGACGGUCCCUAGUCCCACCUGAGAGCUGGGAAUAUCAAAGAGCAGGGCCCGCCUAGGAGCCUGUGUGAUCUGGCAGCUCACGUGAUAGACUUGCCAAUGCUCUCAUUUAUUUCAAGUCAGGAAGUUUAUGUUGAAAUUUUAAAUAGCACUUGAGGUGAAUGUGAGACUUUGAUCCAAAAAGAACUAUAUUAGUUAGGCUGCUUUUGGUUUCCAGUAGUUGGUUUAACCAUAAUGGAAAUCGGUUUAAACAAUAAAGGAAACUUACUGGUUUACAAAACUGAGAAAUUCAGGGGUAUUGGCAGCAGAUGAACAACUUCACCAAAUACCCAGUUUUGUCCUACCUCCCCUCUGCACUCCGCAGUGUCUGCUUCGUCCCAGGCUGCCGCCUCAGGAUCAAUAGAUGGCUGCCUGCAGCUUCCACUGAGUCCCUCGUGUAUAGCCAGCAAGGAGCACCUUCUUGCCCUGUAGUGUAGCUUCUUUCUCAGAUGCCCCCAGCAAAUAAAUGCUGUCCUUUUAUUGGUCAGAACUGG